AAAGACGUGAACUGGCUGCGUCACAUGGAGGGAAACAACUCCGACCAUUUCCCUCUCAAAAUCUAUCGAUUCGAAUUUGUCUUAAAACCUGGAAUUUCACUUCUUUUUGGUAGCUAUUGGUAAAAAUUUGCCACCUGAUGUAUGUUUGAAAUACGCGGCAAAAGAAGCACCAGAAGGAACAUCGUUGAUAAGCAGCAGUGAAUCUACCCAACAUGGAUACCUUAACCUGCGGACUGUGUCUGCGGCAGUUUGGAGAGAUCUCCGACUUCUUGGAUCACAAGAAAAGCCAUGCUGACCCUGAUGCACCUGCUGCUACCAGUAGUAGUGCAGAUCCAGGUGCCUCCACCUGUCCUAUGGAGGAACCACCUGCAGAACCAGUGCCAGUUCCAGACCAUGUUGAGGCAACAAGCAGCACUUGUAUCUGGACCUGCAAGCUUUGUAACCUGUUCGCUCUGAGCAAGGCGGAGCUACACUCACAUCUGAAGAGCGAACAUGCGGACACUGUACCAGACGGGGACACGGAAAGCUUCAUCUCUCAGCUGAUGCCGCUCUCCAACAUGCCAACAUCCCCGCAGAAAAUGACAUUGCUGUUAGAAGGUCACGAAGAAGAAACAGCAACCCAGCCGGGCGAAGCAUUAUUCUCUAACCUACCAGACGUGAAGGUUAAAACAAUGAAUGACUCCACCAUUGUCGUACCACCCAAGAAGAAAAGGGGACGCCCCAGGAAGAAGCCUGUGGAUGAGAAUUUAGAGUUACGUCUUGACGAGGAAAAGGGCACAACGCACGAUAAGCAAAGGCAGGCCAUACUGUCUAGUGAUGGAAAACUUGUGUGUGACAAGUGUAACCGCAUGUUUGCGCGGGAAAGACAGUACAGCAGGCAUCGGUGUAUGGCAGAGGAGACCAGGGAUGAAGAUGAGAUGAAGGCUGCUGAACUGGAGGAGAUGAGAGCGAAGAGGAAGAAGGUAGCUGGGGCAUCCACAUCACAACUUGCAGCUAGAGAGCACAACUAUGGAGCUGUGGGUUCGACUCAGGGAAGAGCAGCAGCUGCUGGAACAGCCGGAAACCAAGCAGACGCAGAGGGUGGCGUACCUGAGUUGGGAGAGAUGGGAGAGGAUGUACAGACAGUUGUACAGGCAGAGGGCAUCACCCACACCAUCCAACAGUCACUCAACUCCACAGCUGCUCUUAAACCUCCCUAUCUCUUCAGUAGGUCCUCCCUCACGGUGUUCAGCUGUGAGUUCUGCAGCAAGGUCUUUAAGUUCCGCAAUGGGCUUGUGAACCACCUGCGUGUGCACACCAAGGAGAAGCCGUUUAAGUGUGACAGGUGUGACUAUGCCUGUGCUGUGAAGACCAACCUGAAGACUCACAUGCGUAAACACACCGGGGAGAGGUUCCACUGUCAACAGUGUGACUACUCCUCCAUCAACAAGGGCCAUCUAAAGGACCACAUUGCUACCAAGCACAAGGGUGAGCGCCACCCCUGUGAGAUGUGUUCCAGCACCUACACCACUGUCAGGGCUCUCGUCAAGCACUUCAGGGAAAAACACGACCCCGAGGCCAACAGUGACAGCAAGGAAAUAUUUGAUAAGCUGAAGCUCCAGACACGAGAUGGCGUGCGAGAUCUCAUCUACAUCUGUGACCUCUGUAACCGCAAGUUCAAAACACGUCUGGACAAGGAGAGACACGUGGUUCUACAUCAGGGUAUGAAGCCGUUCCCAUGUGGGCUGUGUGAGUACUCCACCAACAGACAGGCAAACCUGGACCUGCACAUCAGGAAACACAAGUUCAUCUACAACUGCUGCGCGUGUGAGGAGCACUUUCUCAGCUCCAUCCCUCUCACUGCACAUCUACAGGAGAAACAUGUUUCUGAGGAGAGAUCUUUUGACGAGCUGUUUGCUAAGAGCUUGGAGGGCAGCAAGUUUCUGUUUGAGUUCGGGAAUGACGUGAAAGCGUUUGACUUUGAUGGGUACCAGACUAUCGAGGUGACCCCCGAGGGUCAUCCCAUUCAUGGUCAGGAGGGGGAGGGACAGCAAGGAGCAGCAGAACUGCUGCUGUCUCACAUGGCUCAGGAACAGCAACAAGAGACAGUACAGGAACAGCAAGCAGGGCAGAAACAGCAGAAGGAAGCAGCGCAGGUACAGAAAGCAUCCACACAAGAACAGCAAGACUCUGUACAGGAACAGCAAGAAAGUGAUAGUAAGAAGAAAGCUGAGGAAGACCAAGAUGAAACAACAGAAAAGCCAAGUGGCACAGACUCUGCUGAUAGUGAAAGCAAACCUGAAGAGGGAGAGUCAACUGAAGAUGUAGAGGACCAAGAUGAUGGCAAGACAGUCUUUGACACUUUGAUGGAGAAGUUGGAGUACCGCAAGAUGAGUCUAGACGUCUACAACAAGCUGAAAGUUCUGUAUGGAGAUAUGGAGUGCCGUUACUGUGGUCGCUUCUUCUACUACGACAAAACACUGGCUCAACACGAGCGUACACACACAGGGGAGCGCCCGUUUGCUUGUAACGAAUGUCCGUAUGCCUCUGCCACUAAGGAAGGACUGAAGAGACAUAUCCAGGGUUCACACAGUAAGGUUCUGAUCAAGUGUGAACAAUGUGAGUUCAGCACUAACAACAAGUACACCUUGUGGCGCCACACCAAGAAGGAGCACGCACCUGUGGAGAACCUCAGAGACUCCUACACCUGCCCCGCCUGCUCAGAAACCUUCACCAAGGAAAGGGCAAUCAAGGUGCACAUCAAGAAGCACCACCCAGCCAUGACCCUGGAGGAGAUCUCCCUGGUGCUGGGAAAGAGAGCGCAGCUGAAGAGUGCCAUGGGACAGAGAGCGUUCAAGUGUCCGUACUGCGGGAAGCUGUUCAGGAAGAAGGAACCAGACCUGAGGAAGCACAUCUGGGCUCACGAGGGCAUCAAGCCCUUCAAGUGUGGUCUGUGUACCUUCGCCUGUCGCAGCAAGAGCAACCUCAAGGCUCACAUGCUUCGUCACACCAAGGAAAAGAACCACCUGUGUGAGGAGUGCGGCAAGAAGUUCAAGACCAAGCAGAGUCUGAAGUUCCACAGUCAGCAGUACCACAACCAGGGUGGCAACGAGCUGAAGAGAUACUACUGUCAGAUCUGUGACUACAGUGGCAUACAGAUUGCCCACUUGAGGAGACACAUGGAGCAGCACUCGGGACAGAAGGUGCUGAAGUGCCCACUGUGUCCGUAUUCCUGUAACAUCACCGGCGCCAUGAAGAGGCACUUCAACAAGAAACACCCGGGCAAAGCGUACGAACAGGUUGUGGGUUCCCUGGUCAAGACUGAUUUGGACAGUCCAACACAGGUGACGUGUUCAGCCACUGGUACAGACCAGGUGACAGAGAUGCAUGUGGAAAUGCUGAAGUGCCCUGAGUGUGACUUUGUGUUUGGGAACCGCUGGGACCUAAACAAGCACCUGCAGAAGAGACAUGAGGCUAAGGUGGUGAACUUGAUGGAAGUGGACGCUGCCCUGGGUGCCACCCAUCAUGUAGUGGAGGUGACAGAGAGUGGGGACGGGCAGGUCAUCUACACCGAUGCUACAGGUGUCCUGCAGACGGAGGGAGGGGACACCUCCGCAGCUGUCAACAUCCUGCAGCAGAUCAUGGACAUCACGCAGCAGGAGGCCGCCAGCACUCACGUCGUCACGACAACCACAGCCAAUGUCUCCGAGUCACAGGCGAUGGUGGCUCUAGCUCCUGAUGCUGUAGUGGUGGAGCAGGCUGGAGGAGACGGGAUGCAGCACAUCGUCAGCUCCGGGGAGGGGGAGAGGCCCCAGGGGCAGGAGUACAUCGUGUACCUCACCCAGUCUACUGAGGCUCUGUAGUCAACACUGGAGAAGGAGACACGAAAAUCUACAACUUUGUCUUGACAUCAUCUUCAGUCGAACUGUUCUAGCUUAAUUAUAAGAAAGUAUGAUUUAUCGUUAAUUUAUAGGUUUGGUUAAAUACUUGUUGGAUUUAAGAUUUUUUUUUUUGUCACUGACAAAAGAUUGCUGAUUCUAUUUGAAUCAUGUGGCUGUCAUCCAUUGCUUGGGUAACUUUUGUACUGUAUAUCUUACUAGCUGGACGUCUAACCUUUAUUAACAUACAAUGUAUUGUUAUUGACAGAGUUUUGCUUCCAUGAAUUUUGUGGCAUUGUGAAUUGCUGAAAAAUAUCACAAUACAUUUAAGUAUGGCUACUCAUAUACCAGGUAAACAUAUUUUUGCUACUCCAAAAUCAUAAAAACAAAGGU